AUGGAAGUUUCCAAAUCUACCGUUGUCAAAGUAUUCAUUGGUGCAUCCCUUCUAUAUUAUAUUUUAGCUCCCACCGUCAAAGAAUACUUCAAUUUAAAUCCCAAACCUAUGUUUACUAAAAGGCCCGAUAAAUUCACUACGGGAUUAAUCAAUCUAAGAAAUGACUGUUUUGCUAACAGUUCAAUUCAAGCUUAUAGUUCAUUACCAGGAUUAACUGAUUAUUUAAAUGAUUUUAUUACAGCAUUCAAAAAGAUUGAAACAUUCCUUAUUAAUAAUGGCAUUGAUAGAGAUUUUGAAGACUUUGAAACUUCAAGUCAAGGUGGAAGUUCUAAAACUACCGACGAUAGUACUAGCUCGGAUAGUCCCCCACCAUCAACUUCAACUAACCCAAAGUUCAAGAAAAUGGAAAUGGAAUUCAAUAUCCCCUUACAUAUAUCAUUAGCUAAGAUUAUCAAGAAAUUACAAAGUACUCAAUUAACGUCAAGAACUAUUUCUGUAUGGACAUUUUUACAUGAUUUAGAGAAGAUUUUUAAUGCUAAAAUAUCUCGAUCCCAACACGAUGCUCAAGAACUCACACAAUUGAUCAAUGAAACCCUUGAACAUGAGAAUUUGAAGAUCAUAAGGAAGUUUAAUUUUUUAAAGAAAAUCAACAAAAAAGUUCUUCAAGAAGGUAUUGAAAUUCCUGAAUUUCCCUUAAAUGGUUUGAUUUUGAAUCAAAUGAAAUGUAUCAAUUGUAGAGGAUUAUCCAAGCCUAACUUUUCUCCUUUCUUAAUGUUAACAUUGCAUACACCUGAAUCAGUAUCCACUGACCUAGAGACUUUAUUGAAUGAAAAUGAAAGUGAACAAAUAGAUGAUUAUCAAUGUUUGAAAUGUAAGAUCAAAAAACUUAUUGAACAUGAGAAAUCCUUAAAUGGUCUUGAUCGUCAACGUCAACUUGACAAUAAUUAUUCAGCUGAAGAAAUUGAUUUCUUAUAUCAAUUGAAUGAUUUUAAUGAUAAUGAAAGUUCAUUUAUUAAUGAAGAUUUGCCUAAAGAUUUGGAAAAUUAUAUCAAGGACUAUAAAAAGACAGAUAUCACUGUUAAAUCCACAGUGUUACGUAAAAAUCAAAUUUUAAAACCCCCCAAGAUCUUUGGUUUACAUUUAUCGAGAUCGAGUUUCAAUGGAUUCAAUGUUGUAAGAAAUUCAUGUAGAGUUUCCUUUAGAGAUCAUUUGAACUUAUCAAUUGGUAAAGAAUAUCUUGAAGAGUUAAAGAACUUCAAACAAAUGGCUUUCAAAGAUAUUGAUGAAAGUAAGGUUUUAACCAAUGAUGUUAAUGAUAUGGAAGAUGACGAUGUACAAGAUGAGAAACUUGAAGUCCAAGGUGAUAUUAAUCAAGUAGAAGAUAUAGAAGAUGAAGACAAUGACGAUGACGUAGAAGUAGAUGAUGAUGAUGAUGAUGACUCAAGUGUUGAUACUGUUAAAAAGCAAGAGACUUUAAAUAAAUCCCCCAUCACUACCGAUCAAACAGAUGAUCUUGUUAAUCACUUCAAGAGCUUCAAUUUUAAUGAGAAUGACAAUUAUAAGUAUAGACUUAAAGCUAUGAUCAGACAUCAAGGAUCUCAUACCCAAGGACAUUAUGAAUGUUAUAAGAGAAAACCUUUAUUUGUCAAAGAUAGUGAAGGUAUGAUCAUCAAAUUAUCGCCGGAAAUUUUAGAUGAAGUCAUCGAAGAUAGUGUCUUUGAUAAGUCACGUUCGUUAUCCUCAUCUUCAGAAAGGUCAACUGAUGAUGAAGUAGAGUCAGGUUCAUUCAGAAGAAAAUUUUCUAAUAUGGUGAACAGAAAACCAGCAGUAUUUCAAGCAGACCCUGAAAUCAUCACCAAUGAAAUCAUUCCUGAUGGUUUAAAUACCCCAGCAGAAUUCCAAUUCGAUAAAGAAAACGAUUAUUUCAAUUUAGAUCAAGUUAACAAGAAAAUUAAUAAAUUUAAAAAAAUUUCCAGUGUGUUGAAACAUCCAUAUUGGAGAAUCAGUGACUCAAUGAUUUCAGAGGUCACAAAAGCUGCCGUUUUAGUAGAAACCACCAGUGUUUAUAUGUUAUAUUAUGAAAGAGAAGAACCUAAAACUUCAACCUAG